CAUUUGUAAAGAUGGCGCUGGUUAGUGUGCUUCGGUCUGAGUGUGCAGAUUUCAACAAUGAUUUUAAUCAGCGAUUUGGCUGUGGAUUUAACGACAUUGACCUUGGCUUAGGUGCCAAACCUGCAGAUUGUCUCAAUUUCGCGUUAAAAGCCGCUGAAGGUGAAGACGACGGUUCUGAAAGAAAAAUUGAGUUUCUUCACGGAACGACCACCUUAGCAUUUAAAUUUCAGCAUGGUGUGAUUGUAGCUGUGGACUCCAGAGCAACAGCUGGUUCAUAUAUUGCCUCUCAGACAGUGAAGAAGGUCAUAGAGAUUAACCCAUAUCUUUUGGGAACCAUGGCAGGGGGUGCUGCAGAUUGCAGUUUUUGGGAGCGCCUGCUGGCCAGGCAGUGCCGCAUCUAUGAAUUACGGAACAAGGAGCGCAUCUCAGUGGCUGCUGCCUCCAAACUGCUGGCUAACAUGGUUUACCAGUACAAAGGAAUGGGCCUAAGUAUGGGCACUAUGGUCUGUGGCUGGGACAAGAGAGGACCAGGGCUUUACUAUGUGGAUUCGGAAGGAAACCGUGUGUGUGGUGACAUGUUCGCAGUUGGCUCAGGCUCUAUGUAUGCCUAUGGUGUCCUUGACAGUGGCCACCGGCACAACCUGACCAUUGAGGAGGCUUGUGAUCUCGGUCGCCGUGCCAUCUACCAGGCUACCUAUCGUGAUGCCUACAGUGGUGGACAAGUCAACCUAUACCGUGUACACAGUGAUGGCUGGGAAAGGGUCUCACAGGAAGAUGUGCUUCAGCUCCACCAUCAAUACCAGAGUCAGAAAGCUUAGGUAGAUUGAACACAGUGGGAAGUCAGAAAUGAGGUUAAGAGUUUGAAAUGCUGCAACACAAUGGUAAUUUUGAAGUGCAUUCAAUUUGUUUCUUAGCUAUAAAACAUAUUAAAUCUGAGAAAAUUAUUAAUUGAAUUGGGGUUUGUUAAAGCAGGAAAAUAGGCAAACUUGGUUGCCCUGCACUCUGUCUUUGCACCUACAUUCAGUUACCACAAUUCAUAUUUUGUAAGUUUUUUUUUGUUCUCUACAUUAGUAUUACAUUUCAAGCUGUGGACAGAAGAUUUGGUUUUUGGGUGUGAUGAGGUGAUGGAAAACACUAGCCUAAAUGUCAUUUGCUUGGCUAUUUUGUGUUGUAGUGCUUCUGUUCUCAUUUUACACAUGUAACAGUUAAAUAAAACCACAUUUAUUAAACAUUGUAA